AUGUUCGCCCGUCUCGCCGUUCUCGCCUCUCUCGCUAUCGGCCUUGCGCAGGCGUCGACCUCACUUCCUACCGUCCACCUUGACCGAGCGACCGUAGUCGGCCUCACGAACAACUCAGUGACGAGCUUCACCGGGAUCCCUUUCGCCAAGCCUCCGGUGGGCAACCUCCGCUUCCGCCUGCCCGUUCCAGUCACCGGAUACAGCGGGACUAUCAACGCCACGCAACCGGCGGCGCAGUGCAUCCAGCUCUUCCAGAAUCUGCGAUCGGACAUGCCCGCGGAAAUCGUAGAAGACGUCCUGGCAUACUUUGCCGUUGGACCGGCGGCGGUGAACGUCCCCGAGAGCGAAGACUGUCUGACUGUGGAUGUGACGAUCCCGGAGGGAACGAAAGCGGGAGACAACCUGCCUGUGCUUGUGUCCAUCUACGGAGGCGCGUGGGUCCAAGGCUCUACCGCCCUAUACCCUAUGGACAAGGUUGUUCGCCGCUCUGCCGAGCUCGGUGAGCCGGUCAUUGUCGUGGCCAUGAACUACAGAUUGCACGCGUUCGGUUUCCUGGGCGGCAGCCAGGUCAAGGAACAAGGCGUCGCCAACCUGGGGUUACACGACCAACGCCUCGCCUUGCGCUGGGUCCAGGAGCACGUCUCCGCGUUCGGCGGCGACCCCAGCAAAGUCACGAUCUGGGGCGAGAGCGCGGGCGGCAUGUCCGUCGCGUACCAGAUGCUCCUCAACGACGGGAACAACGAAGGCCUCUUCCGCGCCGCGGUCGCGCAGUCGGGGUCCCCGAUCCCCACCGGCGACGUCGCGGACCUGCAGGACACGUACGACGCGGUCGUCUCGCAGGUCGGGUGUGCGACCGCGGCGGACACGCUGGAAUGUCUGCGGGGCGCGUCGGUGGAGUCGAUCGUGGCCGCCGCCGGGACGCUCGGAGGGCAAUUCAGCUACCAGGGCACUGGCGGGGUCCUCCAAUGGAUCCCUCACGCCGACGGGGUGUUCUUGACGGACCUUCCGCAGCGGCUCAUCCUCAAGGGCGCGGUCGCGCGCGUGCCGCUCAUCAGCGGCGACGUCCUCGACGAGGGCACCAUCUUCGCGACCUCGAGCUUCAACGCGACCACCGACGCCGACUUCGCGGCGUUCGUGCACGACUUCUUCUUCCCGGGCGCGCCCGCGAGCGCGGUCGCGCCGCUCCUCGAGCUUUACCCGAGCGAUGUUGCGCAGGGCUCGCCGUUCGGCACGGGCGCCGCCGACGCGCUCGCGCCGCAGUACAAGCGCAUCGCGGCCUACCAGGGCGACCUCGUCUGGCAGGGCCCGCGGCGGUUCUUCCUCGACAACGUCUUCGGGAAGCAGCCGAUCUGGUCGUACAGGUUCGAGCGCGAGACCUUUGCUGGGCUGGGGACGCCGCACGGGUCGGACUUCUUCGAGCUCCUCCGCGAGGCGAACGACAUGGCGGACUACCUCAUCCACUUCACGCACACGCUCGACCCGAACGGCGCGCCGUCGAACCGGACGAUCGAGUGGCCGGAGUACGACCCCGUCAAUCGUCAGGUGCUCAGGCAGCUCGCUGGGGACGUCCCGCUCGACGUCGCGGACGACUUUGCGCGGCUGGGCGCGACGGACGCGUUGAUGAACUUGACGCUCGCGUAUCCCUUGUGA